AUGGCUCCAACAAUCGUUCUUAUUAGUGGUGCUAUCAGAGGUUUAGACGGCAUUCUGACAACUGUCUCGCUCAAUAGGAAAAGGUCUCCUGGCCCAAAUACAUUAGCAAACCCGAUCACAUCGUCAUCGCCGCCAAUCGGGACCCUUCGCAUCCAACGUCGAAAGCUCUCUCAGAGCUGCCUACUGGUCCUAAUUCCAAGCUUGGCCCCUCCCCCACAUCCGCUAACCCCCAUUUCCACCCCCAGUCAUCAUCAAAAUCGACGGUUCCUCUCCCACCUCUGCGCAAACCGCCAUCGACACGCUUCCCUCCUCGGAAUAAACCAUAUAGACCUCGUCAUCGCCAACGCUGGUGUAUCUUACGCGUGGCCCUCUGUUAUCGAUCUAAAGAUUGAAGAUCUAGAAGGCCAUUUCAUUCCAAAUGUUUAUGGAGCUGUGAGAUUGUAUCAGGCGACUUUGUCUUUGUUAUUGAAGAGUAAGGAUCCAAAAUGGGUUAUUAUUGGGAGUACGGCGGGGAUGAUCACUAACCAACUCCCCAUCCCGAACGGUGCCUAUGGCCCCUCCAAGGCCGCCAUCCACUGGCUCACCAAACGCAUGAACGUCGAGAGCCCCCCGUUAAACGCCUUCGUUCUUGAUCCCGGCUGGUUCCAAACCGAGCUCGGUAACGCGGGUGCCGUCUAG